AUGAACAGUAAAUCAAAUGCAUGUACAAAAAGAAAAAGAAAUAGAAGGAAAGUAGGAUCCAGAAAUUACAAAAACUACUCUAACGAAAUGUUGGAUAUAGCUGUAGAUCUGGUAAAACAAAAAAUUAUAACUAGUAGACAAGCUGAAAAUCAAUUCGGGACACCACGAAGAACCAUAUUAAAUAAGGCAAAAGACUUGCACAUGAAAACAGUUGGGGGACAAAAGAAACUAACAGACAUCGAAGAAGAAAAUCUUGUAAAUGUUCUAGUGGCUGUCGGUGAAUAUGGUUGUCCAAUGACUAAGCUAGACCUGAAAAUGUUAGUUUUCAAUUACUUAGAAAAAAAUUCACGCACUGAUAUAUUUAAUGGAAAAAUGCCCGGAAAUACAUGGGUAGAACAAUUUUUACAUAGGCAUGCAUCGAAGUUGUCAGUUAGAACUACACAAAAUAUAAAAAAAGUCCGAGCUGAAAUGGGUCUACAAGACAUGAAAAAAUUCUUCGACAAUUUACAAGAAACACUCAAGGAUGUUCCACCUAAUAAUAUAUUAAAUUAUGAUGAGACUAAUUUGUCCGAUAACCUGGGCAACUCUAAAUGCAUUUUUAGACGGGGCAUAAAAUAUCCUGAAAUGAUUUUAAAAAAUUCUAAGAGUUGUGUUUCGAUUAUGUUUACAGUGUCUGCAGCUGGUGACUGUCUUCCAACAUAUGUAGUAUAUAAAGCUACUAAUCUUUAUUCGGAAUGGGUUAACGGAGGUCCUAAUGGAACUCGCUAUAAUUGCACGAAAUCGGGAUGGUUUGAUUCUGCCUGUUUUGAGGAUUAUUUUAGAACAAUUAUAUUAAAGUGGGCGAAAAACCUAACAGGGCCAAAAGUCAUAAUAGGAGACAAUUUGUCUAGUCACCUAAAUAUUGAAGUUGUGGAGUUAUGCCAAAAAUAUGAUAUUAGGUUUGUGUUUCUUCCACCUAACUCCACACAUUUGACUCAACCUUUAGAUGUAGCGUUUUUUGCCCCUCUUAAAAUAGAAUGGAGGAAGAUACUCACAAAUUACAAAAUUCAAAAUCCGGGACAGUCAACUAUUAAUAAAAAACACUUUCCUAAACUCUUAAUUGAAUUAUUAGAAAAUAUUAAACUCAGAGAAACCAGUAAUAUAAAAAGUGGAUUUAGAGCCGCGGGAAUAUGGCCAGUAAAUGCCCGAAAUGUUUUGAAACGAAUGCCUGAGUAUUUUGACGAAGAAGUGUAUGGAAUAGAUUCCGCGUUAUUAGAUUUCCUACAAAAAACAAGAUCUCCUAAACCAAUGGCAGUGAAAAGGAGUAAGAAAUUACGCACAGAACCAGGCAAAUCAGUUUGUGCUGCUGAUAUUUUAUUAAAAACAAAUACUAACAAAAGAGUUCAAAAUAAGGAACCCAAAAAAAUUGUACCCCUUGAAAACUAUCAGGAUAACUUUAUUGAUAUAGAAACUACGACACAAGACAAUGAGAUAAAUAUAUUAGAAGAAUUAAAUCCACAAACAUUUCUAUCGCCCAUAUAUAUAAUCCAGAUAGCCUUAGUAAAAUCUGUAUCGCAUUUAUUAAUAAUAAUA